GCUCUCGUCACUUCUUCAGUCCGGAGGUGUCCGCGGGCGGGGCGGCACGUACGGCGUGCGUGGUCGUCGUGCCACUCGACAAGGCAUUGUUUUUACUAUGCACAUCAUUGUUUAAAACCGUUCUUAUCAAAUCAAUACGAUUUAGGAGUGAUAUUACACGGCCUACGCUUCGUUUAAAGCGAGAUAACGACAAGUGUUCGAACAAAUCAGUGACAAUAAAGCGGUUUAUCUACAGCUACUUGCUUGUGGCUUAUUGACAAGUGAAAUUCAUAAUCGGCCCAUUCAUAGGAGGAAUCGGUUCGAGAGUUUGUUAUUAGACUUUUACUCGUGUAAGUGAUCUUUGUGGUGAAGCAAAGGAUGCAAAUCAAUAAUCGAGUGGAUACCCAGCUGUGAACGGAGAGCUCGUGCUGUGCGGUUUCAUACUCAGUUGCAUAUUGAUUGCCACUGGAUCUGGAUAGUGUCAACAAAGUACCUACGUUAUACACCACACAAACACAAUACAAAGUGGUAUAUUGAAGACUGAAGUUCCCCUGGCCUUACAUUUACACGCGGUUUAUUUUUGUCACUCGGUGAGUUCGUGUUCUCCUCGUGAUGUUGCGACCCGACGAGAGCGUGAGAUAGCCGCCUCGAGCGGCGGCGCAGCAUGGGUGCGAACAUGGGCAAGAACUCGAGCCUGCUCGACGCGCUGCCUUCGGCGCAAGGCACGCUGCACGUCGUCAUGCUAGGCCUCGACUCCGCCGGCAAGACCACUGCGCUCUACCGGUUAAAGUUCGACCAGUACCUCAACACGGUGCCCACUAUCGGCUUUAACUGCGAAAAGGUUAAAGGCACUAUAGGAAAGUCUAAAGGAGUCAACUUCCUCGUCUGGGACGUCGGGGGACAGGAGAAACUCCGGCCGCUGUGGAAGUCGUACACGCGAUGCACGGACGGCAUUAUAUUCGUACUCGACUCAGUCGACGUAGAGCGUAUGGAGGAAGCCAAAAUGGAGCUGAUACGGACGGCGAAGUCGCCGGACAACACGGGCGUGCCGAUCCUAGUGUUGGCGAACAAGCAGGACCUGCCGGGGGCCAAGGAGCCGCGCGAGCUGGAGAAGCUGCUCGGGCUGCAGGAGCUGGUGGCGUCGCCGCACGGCUCGCGCGACGCGCACUCCUGGCACGUGCAGCCCGCCUGCGCCAUCACCGGCGAGGGCCUGCACGAGGGCCUCGACGCCCUCUACGAAAUGAUACUCAAGAGGAGAAAACUCGCCAAGCUACAGAAGAAACGCGUCAGAUAAACUAGCCGCCUCACACACGUGGCUACGAUUAUCAACGUUGUGAUGUUACAAUGUUAAGUAUUAUAAUGCUCAUCGCGUAGAUGUUGUCUGAUAUGUCCGAUGUGUAACACCAAAUAUUGUUUUACUGUAGAUAUGAAGGAACGUCUUAUGAAAAUAUUCCAUCACAAUGUUGCUCAAGUAUAUUGAACAUUUUGAAGGAAACGAAUAUUUUGAUAAAACUAUUACUACUAGUCAUUUUCUUUUGAAAAUAGCUAGGUGGAGAAAACGAAAUUUAAUAAACUAAUUAUACUGUCAGUCGGUCUACUAGAUAACGCCCACGGUUUUACAACCGAACGAAAUAUCUUGACAAUCUUGACAUCUAUGGUUGUAAUGAAUGAAUGACCUUUCUGAAUGCUAAUACUUACCUACAUGACUGGAAUUUAGAGCAAAUUAAUUUUCAUCGCCAUUAUAUAUAAACGCAUUAAACGCAUGCAAUAAGCGUUUAAUGCGUUUAUAUCUGAAUCGUAAUUUAUAUCCCCCUUUCCAAACCAAAUUCGUUCAAUGUUUUCCUGAAAGUCAAUACAUUUCUGACUAUUAGGUAUAGUCGAGGACGAGCUGCAGACUUUUAAUCAAAUAUAAAUAUAUCUACUUACAUUACAUUGCAGUUUUAUAAAUAGUAGUUACACUUAAACUCUAGAACUUUUAGUAUUUUCCCUAUGCCGACAGCUUUUCAGCAUACAGAUAAAAUAACUCUUGGUAUUUUCUGUCCCAUAAAUAAUAUUUUUUCACCAAGAACUACAGCUAAGCUUUUAUAGCAGAAACAAAAGUGAUCAAGUCAUAGUCCUAACUACAAACUAUAAUUACAUGUGUAAUGUCUGUCGAUAGUGUCGAUGCCCUUCGAUAUCUUCAGUGUCACUGUUUUCAUGUAGACUUCAUUAUUAAUUACCUAUCAAUCAUGGAAAUGUGAUGUUUAUGUAUAACUUUCAAAGAGGCUUUUAAUGUUUCCAUGUCGAGACUGUCGAGAGUCUUCUCUAUGUACAUAUUAAGAUGUAAAUAAACUAAUUUGGAAGAUAAUAUAACGAAAUUUACAUGGUUAGAUAAGUUUUGCGUUGUUAAAUAAGCAUUUUAACGUUUGCGCGUUUAGUUUAAGAAGCAUAAAAUAAUCAUGAUUGUGUUAUUAUUAUUUCAUUUAGCCUGUUUUGUAACUGGUAGCUGCUUCGAGCCACUGGCCGGAUAGUUUGAUCAACCAAAGUGCAAUUGAAAAUUAAGUGACCGUCUCAUAAUGUGGACCUCGUCAUCAUAAUGCACAAAUUUUACAAUGUUGGUAAUUUUUGCAACACCAUUCAUCAGACCAUUAUUUAUACUGUGUUGAAAGAACAUUGCACAAAUAAUCAGCGUAAAGGAACAUUAGGCACGUCAGUGUAUAUUACAGCUCUUAGCUACCUGGCACUUUAUCUCACAAAAAACCUGUGGCCCAUUUCACAAAGCUACAAGUUAUACAAAUAUAAAUCGUUUCCAAUAUAAGUACCUAAGUAACAAGUUCAAAGGGAACUUCCGCUUGUAAUUUUUGUAGCUUUGUGAAAUGUGCCACAGGUGUCAAAUAUGGCUGAGCCAUCCCGCCUUGCCCCUAUCUUGUAGAUGAAAUUUGAUGAUUCCCACCUGACUUUGGUUAUUCAUUAAGCAUAUCUGGAUCGAGAAGAUUCGCUGAUAUUUUCACCACGAGGUGACAAUCGUCAAUUUGGGGAAUUACGGGUCUUUACACACACAACACUUUUUGGAUGAAAGUGAGGAAGAAACCCUUAUACUUGUCGGUCAUAGCUUUAAUAAUUUACCUUUAACUAUGUAUUUGUGAAAUUGUGAUGUUGCAUGCCUACAAGGUUGUUAUACUUCACCUGCAGUUAGAAAGAAAUUCAGUUGGAGUUUCAGAUUUAAACAGUCAGGCCCCAUAGCCGUUUCGUAACGCGAAACGAAAUAGAAACGCCGCAGAAAGGUAGUCUAGCUCUGUCGCGCCAAUACGCAAGAGCGAUAGAGAUAGAUAGCUACGAAAGAGAUAUAACGUGAGCGUUUGUGCCUUCGGCUACGCGCACUGUACUGCACUUGCAGCAUAAGAACCCUUUAGGCAUUGACACCACAAUUUUUCGCCGGUGUAGUUGUAACUGUUGCUAACCUGCACACAUACAAAAUUAUAUUUACGUUAUUAAAUUUACGCUGUUUAGUAAUCUAAUUAUUGUAAUUUAAUUUAUUUAUGGAGUGACUCAUGCAAGUGUUAACAUAAAAGUUAGUUUAGGUCUUGCAGAUUGCAUUGAUGUAAAGCUUUUACCAGAUUUGUUUAGUCAUGAAUGUAAAUAUGUAAAUUCCAAGUAGUUUUUCGUCAAUACCAAGAAACCAAACAUUUUUAUGAGUAGGAAAUGUAAAUUUUGUUAUUUAAAGUGAUUUGUUUUAUUAUAUUAUCUAUCUAUAUUAUAUCCAAUUGUAUUUUGUUUGAUGGUGGAAUUAAUAGGCUAUAUGUAGGUUGUUUUCGUAUUGAUUCCCCGUAAAUAAAAUCUGUUUUCAAUA